UUCGUUCAUCUCUGUACCGGCCUCUUACUUCCAUCAAGAAAUUAAAUUAGAGAUCAAAAAUGUCCAAAAUAUUGUUGCAUUGGAGAAAGGAUUCCGGAGAGCUUGAAGUGUUCGAGGCUGCAAACUAUUUUUCCGAAGAUCAUCAUCAAAUUUCUUGCCUUAACAAUGCUUUCACUUUGUCUCACAAGCUUAUCAGAGAGAGCUGCAACAAUCAAGCCUGGAGAAGUGGAAGAAUGAAGAGCUUAGACAUGUCGGUAGCGAUUCGACAUUCAUCCACCCCAUUUGCUGCUCCUCAACUCAAACAAGGCACAUCAUCAUCAUCAUUGCUUCCUUCAUCAGUACAAAUAAUGGAAAAACCUGCAGCCCUGAAACAGAAGUGUAAGCAGCCAAGAACUCCAGGAGGAGGGCUAGCCAGCUGCUUGAAUACCCUCUUUUACCUAACAGUUAGCUCUAACAAGAAGAAGAAGAAAAAGAACAAGAAAUUGAUAUCCGCCAUGAAAGAUAAUGAAGAUAAUGCAGCAGCUAAUAACAGCCCAUCUGGAAGGAUGAGUAGUAGCAUAAAUGGAAGCACCUUAUCAAACACUGCUCACAACACUACAUCUUCUUCAUCAUAUCCAUACAAUCCCAGAAAGUCAUCAUGCAAGGAUAGUCAAAUCCCAGAAAACGAGGUUGAGUUCACCAGUGAGAGUCCAGAGAGGAGUGUUCAUCACUGGGCCGAUAAAUACCCAUCAGAAGAGAAUGAACAUAGAAAGUUGGAUGAUGGUGAUGAUGAUGGUGGAGAGGGAGAUAGUGAUACUAGCUCUGAUCUGUUUGAUUUGCCAAACAGAGAAUUAUUGGAUUGCUAUUCAACUGGUUUGCCUGUUGAUGGGACUACCAAAUGCAUAUCAUCAAAAAAUUGAUAUAUAAGAGUUUUAUGCGUGCAUAAAGACUAGGGUUUGAUCGACAAGUUGAUUGCGCGACCCGUGAUUUACUUCUACAGUGAUUUUAAGAACGGGAUCUUGUGGGCUUAGAAUUAGUCUGUGGAACUGGAUCACCUAAUAAAUAUUUAAAAAAAAAAAUUGAUCAGAGGUGAUGAAGAUUCUUUGUGCAUAGAGUAUACAUACCCUGGGAGACUCAUUGGGCAGUUAGCGAUUUACCUCAUCCAGCAUCCUUGGAUAGGGGUUCUGAGGGCUUAGCAUUAGUCUAGCGAAGGUAAGAAACUCAAUGUAUCAAAAAAAAAAAAUUAGUUCUAAAAUUUCUGCCACAGUACGGUGAAUUGAGUUUCUCGGAAUUUUUUAUAGGGAAAAUGAU